GAGAGAGAGAGAGAGAGAGAGAGAGAGGGAGGAGAGAGAGAGAGAGGUUUCCUGCUGCACUCUUCCUUUGCACACGCAGUGUAAAUAUAAUCUGAUUCUCUCGUGGGUCGUCAGGCUCUCCCACCAGCCUGUUUGUGGGCACAUGCGGGUGUGAAGUUUGUAUCGAGCAACGCUGACAGCACAGAUUAAAUUCCUCCUCACACACAAAGGUUUGGGGCCUUGUAUCUGCUGUAGAGAGAGCCAUGUUGCUGGUGCCCGUGUGUGUGGUGCUGAUGUCCCUGGAGGGUGCCCUGGGAGGGGGGUACCCCUCUAUAGCCCAGCCCCUGCCCCAGGUGCAGUACAUGCAGCCCAUGAUGAAGGGCCCCCACGGGCCCCCGUUCAGAGAGGGGAAGGGCCAGCACCUGGAUGGUCCUCCCAUGAUGUCCCCUGGGGAGGCUGGCCCUCCGGGCAAGCCGGGCCCCAGGGGCCCACCGGGGCCACCAGGAGUUCCGGGAAAACCAGGGCUCGGAAUACCGGGAGUAAGCGGAGAGCUGGGGCCCCCUGGGCCUCCUGGGAUUUCCGGGAUUGGGAAGCCGGGGUUGCCAGGGCUACCGGGGAAACCGGGCCCGAAGGGCGUGACUGGCGAGCAGGGUGAGGCCGGGGGGCAGGGUGAACCGGGCCCCAGGGGCCUCCCAGGACACCCCGGCCUGCCAGGGCCCGUGGGCCUGCCGCUGAACGGGAAACAGGGGUUUCCAGGCGGCCAGGGGCCCCCAGGGGCCCGAGGGGAGCCAGGGCAGAAAGGAAGCCCGGGUACCCCAGGAGAGCCCGGCCUGCGGGGGGAGAACGGGAACGGCGGUCCGGGUCUGCCGGGGCCCCGAGGGAACUCCGGCCCCCUGGGUCCUGUCGGGGCCCCCGGCGAGCCGGGCACAGGCAAACCAGGGGCUCCUGGGGUGCCGGGAGCGAUUGGCCCCAAAGGGGACCGAGGAGCGCCAGGAGAGCAGGGCCAGCCUGGGGAUCCGGGGCUUGCUGGCCAGCCGGGCCCUGUGGGGCCCGAGGGGAAGGGGAGACCCGGGUCAAAGGGCCCUCCAGGGCAGCCCGGACCCAGCGGCCCCAAAGGAGAGGCUGGAAUCAGGGGGGUUCCCGGGUCACCCGGCGCCCCGGGCUACGGCAGGCCCGGGCCGGUCGGGCCGAAUGGGGACCGGGGCCUAGCAGGCAGCCCAGGAGCCCCUGGAGGUAUGGGUGAGCCUGGGAAGGUUGGAGAGCCUGGAGACAGGGGACCCAACGGGCAGCCUGGCCCCCAGGGGCCCCAGGGCCCUGUAGGGCUCCCAGGGAAGCCUGGUGUUCCUGGUGCGAAGGGAGAAGUGGGCCCCUCGGGGCUGACAGGCCUGCCGGGGUUCAAUGGGGACCAGGGGCCUGUUGGGCUGUCUGGGACCCCAGGGACCCCAGGGGAGAGAGGCGUGGUGGGACCCAGCGGGGCCUCAGGAAAACCGGGGCCCAGAGGGGAGCACGGACAUAUCGGCCUGCCUGGCAACCCGGGUUUGACUGGGGCCUCGGGGGCCAAAGGGGAGCCGGGGUCAUCCGGGGCCCCUGGGCCGCGGGGGCAGUCUGGAAUCCCCGGCCUUCAGGGGCCGAUGGGGCCCGUCGGACCACACGGCAUUCCAGGUCCAAGGGGGGAGCCCGGCGUUCCGGGGCCGCCUGGGGCCGGCAGGAAAGGCGAUCAGGGAAUGUUGGGGCCACAGGGGCCCACAGGGAAAUCAGGACCCAACGGACCAAAUGGGCCUCCGGGCCCCCCCGGGCCCCCCGGACCCCCGGGUCCCACAGGUGUGCUGUUCAACGGCGAGACGCAGGUGUCGGGGCUGCAGGAGACGGACGUGGGCGGGGGCCCCGUCCCGGACGGGCGGGAGGACCGGCCGCAGUACGGAAACGGCGCGUUCUCCGCCGCCGCGAUGCCGGCGUUCACCGCCAUCCUGACCACGCCCUUCCCGCCCUCCGGCGCGCCCGUAAAGUUCGACCGGACCCUGCACAACAGCCUGAAGGCCUACGACUCCGCCACCGGCAUCUUCACCUGCCCCCUCGCCGGCGUGUACUACUUCUCCUACCACGUGCACGUGAAGGGCGGCGGCCUCUGGGUGGCGCUGUACCGGAACAACGUGCCCGCCACCUACACCUACGACGAGUACAAGAAGGGCCACAUGGACCAGGCGUCGGGCGGGGCGGUGCUGCAGCUGCAGGAGCAGGACCAGGUCUGGGUCCAGAUGCCCUCUGACCAGGCCAACGGGCUCUACUCCACCGAGUACAUCCACUCCUCCUUCUCCGGCCUCCUGCUCUGUCCCACCCCCACGGGCCUCCUGCCACACAGGACAUAGAGCAGCCCCCACCGCCCACCGCCCAAACCCCCCAAAGCAGAAAACACAGAAUGUCUGCUGCACUGAAGGAAAAAGCACUCUCUGCGUAAAUGACCAGGAAUCCUCUAUCAAACCCCCCUAACAGCGCAGGGCUCCCCCUUCAGGAGGGGUCUAGAACUGAAACGCAACCCUAACGACUGCCAUCUCCUCUGGUGCUUUAAACUGUCUAAUGAACUCAUUGGCCUUCCAGGUCAUUAUGCUACAUACGGCCCAAUACCAAAAAAAUGCAUCCUCCUUUCCUCCACUACCACCUCGUUUCCUCCGUGCCCCAGAAACGCAUCUUUGUGUCCUCCGUCCUUCCCUCCCUCCUCCCUCCUUCCCUCCCUCCCUCCCUCCUCCCUCCAGUGUCCUAAUAUCGGAGGAGAUGAGGGAAGUGCACAGAACUGUUUUGGCGAAGCAGCUUCAGACUCGUCUCAUCCCCUCCUUUCCUCCACAUACUUCCGGCUUGGAGAGGAGUGGUAGUGGGGGAGUGGAGGACAGGAGGGGAGGAGAGGAGUGGUAUUGGGGGAGUGGAAGAAAGGAGGAGAGGAGUGGUAUUGGGUGAGUGGAGGGCAGGAGGGGAGGAGUGAAGAGUAAUGGGACACACCCCAUGCCUGUAGACAUUUUUAAAGCACGUUACUCUGGUGUCUGUUACCAUCCGCCAUGACGUGAGUACGUAGGUGUGCGUCAUUGUUGUCAUGGGGAUAAUGUCACUGAUGCAUGUAAGCUUACAAAAGCCAUAACAACUUCACUGUGACAAGGCAAAAACACAUUAGUGCUGACGUGAACAUCCUUGGAUGAUGUCAGACAAAAUAUACAGCUAACAGUAAAGAUAUCAUAGAUAUCAGUAAAAUAUGACAAGUUCAUAUAUAACAUAUCAGUAAAAUAUAAUAAUAUUUAAAACCUCCAGCCGACAGACUGAAAAUUGUUAAUUCCGAAGUGUUAUUGUGACAGUGUUAAUGUUGCAAUGUUAGAGUUGCAGUGUUAAUGCUUCCAUGCUAGUGUUGCAGUGUUAAUGCUGCAGUGUUAAUGCAGUUGAGCAUGUACUGCAGCUGCUGCAAGGUCACUUUCAGGGUCCAGAGAGCAGAGCAGCAGGUUAAACGCACACCUUCUCAGUGGAGCUUUCAGUUAUAGAGAUAAUUCACUGAUCUGCCAUAGCAGCACUGAUCUGCUCACAAACAGAUCCAGCUCAGUAUAGGGCUCUCUCUCUUACACUCUCUCUCUCUCACACACACACACACACACACUCACA